AUGGCACAUCGGGCGGUUAUUGCCCUAGGGAGCAACAUGGGUGACAGAGUAGCCAUGAUUGAACAGGCUUGUAAAGAGAUGGAAUCCACUGGUAGGAUCAAGAUCAAGCGAACGAGCAGCCUGUGGGAGACUAAGGCGAUGUACGUCCUUGAUCAAGACAUGUUCGUCAAUGGUGCUUGUGAGAUAGAAACCUCAUUGUCGCCAAUUGAACUCUUAGAUGAGCUUCAAGCCAUCGAAAAUAGGAUGGGUCGAGUGAAGGUCAUUGACAAAGGCCCAAGGAACAUCGAUCUGGAUAUCUCGCUUUAUGGCAAUCUGACAUUCUCGAAUGAGAGAUUACAAAUACCUCACUUACUGAUGCUCGAAAGAGAAUUUGUGCUUCGUCCGCUUUGCGAGAUUAUACCGGAGGAGGUUCAAGGAAAUCUACCCAUCAAAGGAACGCUCCAGCAACACCUCGCACGACUACCGCCGUCAGAUGUGCCGCUCUCGCCAAUGACGCCCCUCGCGCCUGGCUCUCUUCACAUUUCUGCUUUCCACUCACAGCGCGACACACGGAUAAUGUCUAUCCUGAAUGUCACCCCAGACUCUUUCUCUGACGGUGGUAAGAACUAUAACAUCGAGGAAGCUACACUAGCCGCCACAAUCAAGUCCCACGUCGCAGCCGGAGCAACCGUCAUCGACGUUGGUGGGCAAUCUACUAGACCCGGCUCUGUGCAAGUAUCCUUCAAGGAAGAACUGUCCCGCAUACUGCCUGCCGUAACACUCAUUCGCUCCCUCCCCGAAGCCAAGAACAUGGCAAUCAGUGUGGACACAUACCGUGCCAACGUCGCCGAGGCAGCUAUAAAGGCUGGUGCAGACAUCAUCAACGAUGUUAGCGCAGGCUUGCUGGACGAGGCCAUGCUGCCUACUGUCGCAAGAUUAGGCUGUACCAUAUGCCUCAUGCACAUGCGUGGCACGCCAGAGACCAUGAGCAACCUAGCAUCCUAUCCCGACGGCGUUGUUGAGACUGUAGGAAGGGAACUCCUUGAGCGCGUCCGCGCAGCAGAAGAAGCGGGCAUUCGGCGCUGGCGCAUUAUUUUAGAUCCUGGAAUCGGCUUUGCAAAGACACAAGAACACAAUCUCGAACUACUACGGCGACAGGGUGAAUUGAGGAAUUAUCCUGGUCUUGAAGGUUUACCGUGGCUUGUGGGGACGAGUCGAAAGGCAUUUGUUGGGAAGAUUACGUGUGUGAAAGAAGCGAAGGAUAGGGUUUGGGGAACUACGGCUGCAGUCACAGCCGCGAUACAGGGUGGUGCGGACAUUGUGAGGGUGCAUGAUGUGCAAGAAAUGGUCCAGGUUGCUAAGAUGGCAGAUGCGAUCUGGCGCGUGUAA